UGUCAGCUGGGAAUCCACGUCCCCGCGGACCCAGGCGUUGAGGCUCACUAAGGAGCCAUCCGGGAAUCUGUCUGUCUCAGAUCCUGGUUGUCUGGGAACCUAGACCAUUCUGCUCUUCAAGCCCCAGACCCGGGAUCUCGCCUGAGGACGUGAGCCAGUGAUGGGCUGUGACGAGGCCAGGUCCCAGCGCCUGGGACCGCGGGUCCUGAUGAUGCUGGCUGUCCUUUUGCGGGAAGUCUGCCAGGCACACCCGAUCCCUGACUCCAGCCCCCUUCUCCAAUUCGGGGGCCAAGUUCGGCAGCGGUUCCUCUACACAGACGACGCCCAGGAGACAGAGGCGCACCUGGAGAUCAGGGGCGAUGGCACAGUGGUGGGGGCCGCCCGCCGGAGCCCUGAAGGUCUCUUGGAGCUAAAAGCCCUGAAGCCGGGGGUAAUUCAAAUCUUGGGAGUCAAAACAUCCAGAUUUCUGUGCCAGGGCCCCGACGGGACGCUAUACGGAUCGCUCCGCUUUGACCCCGCAGCCUGCAGCUUCCGGGAGCUGCUUCUGGAGGAUGGGUACAACAUCUACCACUCCGAGACCCUUGGACUCCCACUUCGCCUGCCCCCCAACAACUCCGGGAACUGGGACUCGGCCUCCCGGGGACCUGCCCGCUUCCUGCCCCUGCCAGGCCUGCUUCUGACACCCCCAGAGCCUCCAGGGAUCCAGGCCCCCGAGCCCCCCGACGUGGGCUCCUCGGACCCCCUGAGCAUGGUGGGGCCUUCACAGGGCCGAAGCCCCAGCUACGCAUCCUGAAGCCACGGGCCGUUUAUUUAUUGGGUUAUUUGUUAUUUAUCUUAUUUAUUUUUUAACUUUUCUUUCUUGGUUAAUAAAGAGUCUGAGAGGAGGAUCA